AUGAUGAAAAACCACUGGAAAGAGUCGGCAAACGUCUUACUACUGACACCAUCGACAUCACAGGCAACUGAUCCGUCAUCGCAUUGCGAUUAUCAAGUGCUGACCAUACGGGGCGACCCGAACCGUACACUCGGGUCCCGCAGUCUAGUACUGCCGGGCGGGUCACUACACGCCGCAGACUUUUCACCCAAAUGGUGGUCACUGUUUGACAAACAGGGGGUUCAAUACAGUACUCUAUUAUCACUAUCACCGGAGCCGUCGGCCCCUCGACCGCCGAUCGUCACCGACAACCUAUUCCUCGAAGAUCUCAGACGUAGCUCUUCGGACACUGAGGAUGACUUUGUGACCACUGAUAUGGCUCUAAGACUCUGUGCCAUUAGAAAUGUCUUUCAACAAACAGGCAUUCUUCUGGUGGAGUUAAUGUCUGGAGCGAAGCGUCAGCUAACAAUAGAUGUGAUGAGUGAAUGGCGCGAACGGGUCUGUCAACGACCGGAUCAAUUCGUCGACAUGUGCUCGCGAUAUGAGCUGAAGCCCAGGUUGUGGUCACUUCACGAGUGGUGGAAUUGGUUGACACCGACCAGCGUUGGCCGGAGUCCCAGAUUCGACACUAUGUACUACUUGUGCGCUGUUGACACACCCGCACCGAUCACCACACCCACCAUCGCUGCUGAUCAUCACCAACACUGGUCAGCACCGGCCGCUCUGUUGGCCAACCGAUACUCGACAGCAGCGCCGGACGGUAGGGAUGGCUAUACUUUGUCGCCGCCGCAGAUCUACGAACUCUCGCGACUCGUGAACUUCGCGGCCGUCAAAGAGGUGGAAGAGUUUGCCCGCUUGAGGCAGAGGGAGGGCAGUCAACGAUGGCUGCCAUCGCUGGCCAUGUAUACGGACGGCGCCAUCUCUACACUGCCGGGUGAUGACUAUUAUCCCGAUUCCGUGGAUCUGUUUGCUACAAAACCAGUAAAGAGUUACGCCAAGAGUUUAGGGGAAAUACGGGCCAAAAGUGGUCGCCUAAACCGUCUGGAGCUCCGGGGCGUCGACUGCGAGGUAGUGGUCGACGCCGACUGUCCGAUGCCCUGCGGACACAUCGCACCCGUCAAUACUGGACAGCACCCGCCCUACGCUCUGACCAUCGAUGAGAUAAUGGCCUCUAAGUUUCAACGGUGCCAACGGUUCCUAACAGUACCGGACAGUCACACCACAGCAGCCAAUGACAGACACCAGAACACCAGAACACCAGAACAGACACCGACGGCCCCCGCCAUCACCACCGCGUCCGCCGCGGCCGACACGUGUCAACGACUUCUUCAGCUGAUCGAUGACUUCACUAAACGCGAGCUCAAAGAGGUCUUAAUGGAGUUCCGGUGGGCGCUCGGGAAGAAUAGGGCGCAAAUGUUGCUACAGGUUCGACAGCUGAUCUAUUGGCGCAACAUUAAUGUCGACCGCCUGUCACUUGUGGUCAAUGAUAUACACGAACGCAAAGUCAGGCGGCGGUCAUCGGCUAAGAGGUCAUCAGACAAUGGGCACACUUAUGGACAGCCGAAGCGGCCAAACGCACCACAUAGUGAACAUCACUCGGCGAUAUUGACGCCAACUGUCCCUAUAAUUGUCUGUCCGCCGAUCGCCGAUUCAUUUAACAUGAAUUUGUGGGACAAUAGCGGCCAAGAAGUGGUCACUGACUGCGCGUUCAGACGUUUACCGAAGUAUACGAUCGUAAAGCUGUUACGCGAACCUCAAGUGUUGACCUCUGUAUCGGAUCGCGGGAUCCGCAAGUAUUUCACACUCUAUAAGCACUACUUUCCCGACAUAUACUCGAAUCUGACGGAGAUUUUGGCCAAAAAUCGGAUGCAAAUACAGCUGCGGAUCAGUCGUACGGCUGAACAGGCGGCCAAAGACAAAGCCGUGAGUCAAUGGUGUCGAUUGGGUCUCAACGACAUCCAGUUCUCCCUCUCCUCUGAUGGCAAUGAACACCUUUUGCCGACACUUUUUGAGAUCAGAAUUGUUAAGGAACUGACGGACCAAUCGUUUGUUGAAUAUUUGACCGCCGAUUCCGGGCAUCGCUUCACCGCCGAUGAGACUAAAGCAUUGAUUCGCCGAAAAUUUGUCCACAAUUCGGGUGACGACGGAAUAAGCCUAUUGGAUGACUGGAUACAAGUGUCACUAAUGUGUCCGGUUAGUCAACGCCGAUUGCGGAUCCCGUGCCGGACAGUCAAGUGUGAGCACAUCGAGUGCUUCGACGGUCAGUCAGUAUUCGCGGUCAACGAAUGGCGAUCGGAGUGGUUGUGCCCCAUAUGUCAGGCGCCGGCCGACACGUCUCACAUCCGAGUGGACACCUAUUUUAAGACUGUUUUGGCCGAAACCUCAGAGUCUGUGACGACUAUUCGCGUGAAAAGUGACGGCAAUUACGUAAUCGGCGAUCGUUUUGACGGACAAGUGAUUCAAUUGUUGAACAACGAUAUAAUGGCCAGCAGUGUCUUUGACGACAAACCCGUCGGACACUGCCAUCGGAUCCAGUCUUCGGGGGGUUUGAGUCAACGGAGCGAACGGUUCCCAACAGUACUGAUAGUCAUACCACAGCAGCCAAUGACCGACACAACGACACCACCGCUGCCACAGACACCGACGGCCACCAUCACCGCCGGAUCCGCCGCCACCACCACAACGCCCGCCGCCUUGUGGUCCGCCUAUCAACGACUCCAUCAGUUGAUUGACGACUUCACUAAAUGUGAGCUAAAAGAGGUCUUAAAGCAGUUCCAGCGGACGGAGUUUGGGAAGAAUAGGGCGGCAGUGUUGUCACGGGUGCAACAGCUGAUCGACGGGCGCGACGUCGAUGUCGACCGCCUGUCACUUGUGGUCAAUGAUAUACACGAACGCAAAGUCAGGCGGCCGUUAACGAAGAAGCGGAGGUCAUCGGAGGCCAAUGGGCACACUAAUGGACAGCCGAAGCGGCCGAACGCAGCGCGUAGUGGGAAUCGUUUGGUGAUAUUGACGCCCACUGACCCUAUCAUUGUGUGUCCGCCGCCGCUGUUGCCGAUCCCCAAUAUGAGGCCGAACGCACCGCAUAGUGGGAAUCACUCGGUGAUAUCGACACCCACUGGCCGUAUCACUGGUCCGCCGCCGUUGUUGCCGAUCCCCAAUAUAUUUGACACCAAUUUGUGGGACAAUAGCGGCCAAGAAGUGGUCACUGACUGCGCGUUCAGGCGUUUACCGAAGUAUACGAUCGUAAAGCAGUUAUACGAACCGCAAGUGUUGACCUCUAUAUCGGAUCGCAAACUACUCAAGUCGUUCACACUCUAUGAGGACUACUUUCCCGACAUAUACUGGAAUCUGACGGAGAUUUUGGCCAAAAAUCAGAUGCAAAUUCAGCUGCGGUUCAGUCAUACGGCCGAACCGGCGGCAAAAGACUCCGUUCCCGAAGCCCUGUGUAUUGAUGUGAACCACAUUCGCGUCUACACUCACUCGGCUGGAGGUCAGGUGUGGUGUCGGCCGUACGACGUGAGCCAAUACUGUCGAUUAGGUGUCAACGACAUCGAGUUCUCCCUCUCCUCCGCAAAAAGUGAAUACCUUUUACCAACACUUUUUGAGGUCAGUAUUGUUAUCGAACAGACGGACCAAUCGUUUGUCGAAUAUUUGACCGCCGAUUCCGGGCACCGGUGGACCGCCGACGAGACUAAAGCGUUAAUUAACCGAAAAUUUGGCCACAAUUCAGAUGACGACGGGAUUAGU